CUCCUCCUCCUCCUCCUCCUUUAGUUGUUCUCUUCCUGGUUCAAACACUUUGCUCAGUGAUUGAGCUACACUCACAUCACUACCAGCCAGGAAGCCAGCCAGCAAUCAUGGCUGAAGUGGAGGUGAGUGGACUUACGGAGAGCGUGGUCACAGAUUACUUGAUUCUUUAUUUCGAGAGCAGACGCCGUUCAGGAGGCGGCCCCGUCAAGGCCUACACCAGGAAUGGCUGCGAGGCAUUCCUUACCUUUUCAGAUCCUGCAGACGCUCAGAGCGUGCUUUCCAGGCCUGAACACGUUAUACAGGACAUUAAGGUGCAAGUUCAGAGGCCACCACCAUGGGAUCCUGGGAAGAUCGCUCUUCGAGGUCUGAACCCACAUACGGACAUUGGAAUGGUGAAGUUAUACAUAGAGAAUAUGAGUGACCGGGAGAUUCUGAAUACCGUGCUAUCUGCAGACAGGACUGCGGCUCUCGUUACUUUCCAGGACUCACUGAGUGACACAGAUGUCGAGCUACUGAUAGACCGCGUCAGAGCCCGUGAACUACAGGGGGCAUCCCUCUCUGUGCACAGAGUCCGGGCCAGCAAUGAGGUUCUGGUUCAGAAUGUUGAACCUCAGAUUUCCCAAGAAUUCCUGGAGAUGUACUUUGAGAACAAGCGCAGUGGAGGAGGGAGUGUGCGGUCAGUUACUGUGCUCAGAGAUAGAGCCUGCGCCAUAGUGUCUUUCAUGGACACAGAAGUGGCUGACAACGUGUUGAAGAAAACACAUAUCUUGCAGAGUUGCGAGCUCCAGCUCUCCCCUUAUCAUCCAUCCAUCCUGGGACCACCUCAGGCAUCUACUGCAAGCACAUCUGCUGUUGGGGCCCCACAGAACGCUGAGCCAACAGAGGCAACAAUGAAUAGACAGGAACCCAGCACAGAGAACAGAAAUUUUCCAACACAGAGGCUCAUACAGGAGCAAGAUUCUGUGCUCUCUGAGGAGCAGAGUUUAGAGCAAUGCGGGCUUCCAACGGAAGAGCAUAGAACACAGGUCAGCCAAAUGCUCCCAGAAGAGCAAAGGAUGGAGCAAUGCGAGCCACAGCUGGAAGGGCAGCAGGAUUACAUAGAGAGCACAAGUUUACCUUUGUGUAGUCCUCAAGACUGUGAUACUGUAACAAUGGCUGAGUUAGGACAACCAAGCGGGCACUUAGUAGGAAACCCAACAGAAAUGGAGAUCCUGAUGAAGCCAGCUGAAAUACGCUUCCUGCAAGAACAUACUCAUGAUCUCCUUGCCAGCAUGGAUCAAGUGACUGUUUUACCACUGGAGAUAGGUGACAAGACAGGCUUUAAAGUUACCGGUAAUGCAGUUUCCUGUCAGACCGCCAUCGAACUUCUCCGCCAUAUAGUGUCUUCUAUAUCAUCUCGGUCUGUUACCUUGGAGUACCCAAGUAUAGUCUGCUUCCUCUUGGGUGAAGAAGGACAAAAAGUGGUUCGGAGAACUGAACAGGACUAUAACUGUGUCAUUGACACUUCACAGUUGAGCUGGAAAGUACUGAACUCAGAGUACGUGAAACCCUGGAGUCUACUCAAGGAUGGUGUCCCAAUGGAGAUAGGUUCUGACCACACACCUACAGCUGAUGAAGUACUGAAACCACCAAAUGCGUUCCUGUCUGCAGACAUAGACAAUAUCAAGGCGCUGGCCUCUGUCCUGAAACACUCAGGAAACCAAGCUGAAAUGACAGAGCUUUCUUCAGAUGGAGAUGUAUUGUCCAACACCAUAUUAAAUAUACCUUUGGAGGACGCCAGUAAAAGCACUGAUGAGUCUUCAGAUGAUCAAUCCAUGUGUGACCCUGAAGUUGAACAGUUGGAAGAAGCUUGCAAAAAAUCUCGGGAUGAGUAUAAAGAAAGGGAGCUAGACGAAGAAGCCCAGCUACUUUUGGCAAUACAAAGGUCAAUGGAUACUCAACAAAUGUCCUCGGAAGAGGAGGACAGAGAGCUACAGCGUGCUUUAGAGAUGUCCAUGCUAGAGCAAGACUUGGCACCGUCUGAAGAGUGUCUGCAAAGAGCACUGGAGAUGUCUCUACGAGAGCAGAACUAUGAAGGGAAUGAGGAGACCAUGCAAAGAGUACUAGAGAUGUCUCUCAUGGAUCGAUCUACGCAGAACUUUGGGAAAUCAGAUGUAGAUAUGAGUGGAGAGAAGUCUACAUCUUCUGCACAAGGAGAUCAUAGAACAGACAGUGCCCGUCUUCAAGUGUUUGCUGGAGAUGAGACUAACCUGGUGGUGGCUUGUGCUGCUCUACGAAAAGCAAUUACGGGGGAGUUGAAUAACGUCAUACUUGAUGUAAUACAGGAUCAAAAUAAACCGCAUUUGGCAAUUCUGUCAGCCCUGCAGAGUAAGCAUGGCGUGAAAAUUAGUGAGUAUGGCCAACAGUUUCACAUACAAGGAUUCGGCCAAGCCCCCAGCAUAUGCCACCAAGAACUUUCUCAGAUCUUGAUGUUAAUGAAGGGUAAUGUCUCUCCUGGAGAAAUGACAGAUACAGAGUUAAAGAAAGGCGUUCAACUUGUCCUUCUUCCUAAAACAUGCUCAGAGUAUCAGCAAGUAGUACGCUCCUACCAUGACACAUUACAGGAGUUGAAGACCAUUAUAGAAGUUCUUGAGGUUCACAAGGUGAAUAAUGUGCUACUUUCCCACCAAUACGAGCUGAAGAAACAAAGCAUGCUGUUACACCAGCCAUGUGGACAAGUGGAACGCAUCCUCUAUCAUGGAACCACCAAAACAAGUGCCUUGGAAAUAUGCCACCACGGCUUCAACCGCAGCUUCAGCGGCAAAAAUGCGACUCUUUAUGGAAAGGGCGUAUAUUUUGCUGCCCGGUCAGUGUUGUCCACUUGGGAUAAGUAUUCACCACCAUCUGAGGAGGGCAAGAAGUUUGUGCUCGUGGCUGAAGUCCUGACAGGAGAGUUUACCCUGGGAAAGCCUGACAUGAUAACACCUCCUAUUUUACCAGAGACCACGGGAGGCGUUCCUCGACGAUAUGACAGCCUGGUAGACUCUCUCAAAGAGCCGUCCAUCUUUGUUAUAUUCAAUGAUACACAGGCCAAUCCCAAGUACCUGAUCACUUGCCACAAAUUAAUCCAAGGGAGAUGUUAAGGACAAUUUAUCCAACUCGCUUCAUCCUAUUAAAUGGCCUCUCUCGUUCCCUAUAUUCCACCCACUCCCCCUCAUCUUCCUCCCUUUACUGGUUAUAUUGGUUCCCUCUAUGGAAGAGAGGACUUUCAAACUUAUUGUCUGAAAUAUCGGAAUUUUGUAAGAUUAUUAAUUGCUGAUAAAUAUUAUCUUCUGGUUGCAGAA